UUUCAAUGUUUAUGUUUUUAAUUCCUGUAACUAAAUGCUUUUUCUGUACUUAACCUACUUUGUUUUAAUAAUUAAAGUGAACACUAAUCCAGUUAUGAUUUUACAACAUGUAAAGGCUCGCUGCGGUAUUUACCCUAGAUCUACAAUACAGAAAUUUGCAGUUCCUGAUGAUAAAGUGCCCUGGACCGUUGAAUAUAAAGAAUACAAUCCUCCAAAUUACACAUCACCAUCAAUUCAUGGCAAACCAUGGGCAGAUCCCGAUAUUGAUGAGCCUAACUUCAAGCCAACAUGGAACAGUAUAGAUGGAAAUGUGAAUAGAAAAAGUCACAUGAGCAACUACACUAUAACUAAUGGUUACCCAAUGAAUCCUGUUGGUAGAACUGGAAUAUGUGGUAGAGGAGUACUUGGACGAUGGGGUCCAAAUCAUGCAGCAGAUCCUGUUGUUACACGCUGGAAAAAACAAGCUGAAAGUGACAUGAAAAUAACUGAAACACCAAUUCUACAAUUCAUAGCAAUAAAACGUGGUGAUACUGGAGAAUGGGCUCUGCCUGGUGGUAUGGUUGAUCCUGGAGAAAAAGUAGCAGUGACUGCUGUCAGAGAGUUUCAAGAGGAAGCUAUGAAUUCUUUAGCUGCUACUGAAGAAGAAAAAUCGGAAUGGAAACAAAAAUUUAAAAACUUCUUUAACGGGGGAGUGGAAGUUUACAGUGGAUAUGUUGAUGAUCCCCGAAACACUGAUAAUGCUUGGAUGGAAACAGUUGCAUACAACUUUCAUGAUCAUGAUGGCACUACAGUUGGUGCUCUCAAACUGAACGCUGGUGAUGAUGCAGUAGGAGUUCGUUGGGUUGAUAUUACUCCAAACAUUAAAUUAUAUGCAAGUCACAAAGAUAUUGUAUCAGAAGUAUAUAAAAGAUUACUUCAAUAAAAUCUUUUUAUCCUUAUGAUAAAGUUACGAGAAAAUUAAGUGGAAGUUUUCUCAGUCUUAAACCCGAGGCUUUAGUUGAGAUAACGGAUGUUGUAUAAAGGAAGAUCUGAAGUAAUA